AUGUUGGCCGUGGCCACAGCUGGCGGCGAGGGUAAGGGAGUGCCGGCCCCCCGGAGCUGCUCGCAGAGUGAAGAGCCGACCCUCACUGUGAUGGUGUCUGGAGGUGGGGCCUCUGGGUGGCGAUUCGACUUGGAGGAGGUCACAAAGGCGGACAGGAGAGGGCAGAAAGCUCUCCUGCUGGCUGCUCUUCCUCAGCUGUUCUCAGUUCAAAAUAAUCCUGUGCCAGAGCGGCACAUUUGGGGGCGGCCUAUGCUAAUCCCCUUCCGUGUCUGCCUCAAGACGAGAGCCAGGCCGGGCCACCGGGAGCCAGACUCCUCCAGCCUCGCCACUCUGCUGCCUUCAGGGCAGGGCCUCCUCCGGUCUCGCUCGCUGGCUCAGCCUCUGGCCACGACGUCGGCACUCUGGCUGGCGGGGAGACGGAAGGACAAGGAGCGGCGUGCCCUACUCUCAGUACGGUGA